UCAGACCGCGAAGGCUCACCAAAAAGUCGUCGUCACGUUCAGUUAGGACAUCUCUUCGGCAGCAGAGUUUGCUUCUACUUAAAGCAACAGAGAGAAAAGCACACUCCCACAAACUAAAAAUUCUCUGCACCACCACCGUCAUUAAUCUGAUCUCGCAAGAAAUCCACCAGAAGUUCCGCCGACAAUGGCGUCUCCGCUGCGUCUCCUCCUCCUCCCACUAUUUCUUUCCUGCAUUGUUUUGUUGAGCCACCAGGUCAAAUGCGAUGGAGUAGAUGAGGAAGAUAGUCUUCUUCAAGGCAUCAACAGCUAUAGGGCUUCCACCUUGAAUUUAACGGCCCUUACAAAGAAUGCCAACGCAGAGUGCCUUGCCAAAGAGAUAGCUGAGCAAUUCAAAAGUCAACCCUGUACAAACACAACAGGGUCCAACACAGUACCAGGCACUGAACCUAAUUUUCCUGACUAUCCAAAACUUUUAGCUAAAUGCCACUUGAAUGUCUCUAACACAAGAGAUGGGGUCGUAAUGCCUGCUUGUGUUCCCAGCCUCGUUCCUAGUCUGGUCCUUACCAACUUCACACAGUCUCAGUACUCUGAUAAUCUUAACGACACUAAGUUUACCGGAAUUGGAAUUGGCUCUGAAGAGAACUGGAUUGUUGCUGUCCUGACCACGAGCACACCAGAAGGAAGCUUUGUGACAGCACAAAGUUCACCAGAUGCGCAAGAUUCCGCCAGUUCAGCUUCCAAGAUCAGUCUGGUUCCCUACUUGCUAUUUCUGCUAAUGGGUUUUAUCUUUCAUUAGUAAACCAAGAGGAUCUCCAUACAGUUCAUAUUUUCUUGGCUAUUGCUGCAUUUACGGAGAAAUCUCAAGCAAAGGUUGCUAUAAGAUAAGUUUUCUGCUUUUUCGACACAAGAGAUGCAUAAAUUUCCAAUGACAGCUGCUUUGUUGGUGGAAAGAUUAUUUCAUUCUUGCAUAACUUGAUGUGUCCUGUAACUGAUAGUAUCACCGUUGUUAUUGAGCUUUCAAUUUUCUGUAGUUUUGUGGUAGAAUGCAUGAACCGUGCUCAUUUUCUUCGUUGUCAUCAGUAUUUAAAUAAAUUUGCACUCCGUUAUAUUA